CGCAGUUGUGUGUGGAAGGCAAUAAACACACGUGUGGUUGUUGUGGAUUGUGUGGUAGUUGGUGAUUUUGUUAUACAGCAAAAAUGGUGAAACAAAGUGAAAGAGACAGCAAAAUAAAAAUGCACCCUCCAGUGGUUAAUUCUAAUGGCCAGUGUGAACUCAGACCACCAGUAUUUGUGAGCAACGAUGAUGAGGAUGAAGACCCCAAUGAAUUUCCUGGUGUCGUUGAUUUGAACACUGUGUAUGCUAAUAUGUCCAACUCUGAGUUUGGUCCAGGUACCAUUAAUUCAGAUGAGGAGUAUGCAGGAGACAGUGAUGAGGAUAACCUCAAGAUUGCAGACGUAGAAGGUGGCACAGACUUCUUUGCAGGUUUCAAGACUAAUUACAAGUACAGUGAUACAUGGGAUACAAUCAUCAGUUAUCUGAAACCCAAGACAACUGUAGAUGUAAAAAAUACUGUUGCCAAGGUUGUACAAAGAGAGAAGGAGGAAAAGAAGAUAAGGAAGCAGGCAAAAAAGGACAAUGAUAUAGAAGAUGAAGGUUCCAGCUCAGAUUCAGAUCUAGACAUAGGAGAUGAUAAUGAAUAUGACUUGGAUAUUGACAAGUUGAAACUAAAGGACAGUGAAGCCAAACGAAUGGAGAGGCUGAAGACAUCACAAAAGAAGGAAAAAAAAACUCCAGAGGAGAUUGAGAAAGAGAUAGAGGAGGCCAAGUAUUUUGAGACAGCCAUUCCUUGUGAAGCGGGCAGCACCACCUUCUUGGAAAUGAACUUCUCAAGACAAAUUAUGAAGGCAAUCGAAGGCAUGGGUUACCAAAAUCCCACCCCAAUCCAGGCCACCACCAUCCCCAUUGCUCUCCAGGGACGGGAUAUUUGUGGCUGUGCAGCUACAGGUACCGGAAAGACAGCUGCCUACAUGCUCCCCAUUCUGGAACGAUUACUAUUUAAACCCAAGGAAGACUUGGCGACCAGAGUACUAGUGCUGCUGCCAACCCGUGAAUUGGGCAUCCAGGUGUUUGAAGUGACCAAAGAAAUGUCAAAAUUCACCUCAAUCACUGUCGCCCUCUGUGUCGGUGGUCUUGAUGUCCAGAUCCAAGAACACGCUCUAAGACAGAUCCCUGACAUUGUCAUUGCUACACCAGGACGACUUAUCGAUCACCUCCUCAAUGCUCCUAACUUCCACAUGAAGAAAAUUGAGAUCCUGGUUUUGGAUGAAGCUGAUCGUAUGUUGGAGGAGAAUUUCGAAGAACAGAUGAGAGAGAUUAUAAAGCAGUGUGCAACAACCCGUCAGACUAUGCUCUUCUCAGCCACAAUGACAAGUCAAGUUAGAGAGUUGGCUAUUAUGUCUCUUAAGGAUCCUGUUAAGGUCUUUAUAAACAACAACACAGAUGUUGCACAGAAUCUUCGACAAGAGUUUGUUCAUAUUCAUAAAGGACAAUCAAAUUUACGUGAUGCAGUCUUAGUUUACCUGGUCCUUCGUUGCUUCAAAUCAAAUACAAUUAUCUUCACUCCAACUAAGGUCUUAGCACAUCAUAUACAUAUUUUACUCACGACCUUUGGAGUAGAUUCUGGAGAACUUCAUGGUGACCUCAAGCAAACGGACCGUGUUCUAACCCUCAAAAAUUUCAAGGAUGGGAAAAUUGAUGCUCUAGUUGCAACUGAUGUUGCUGCUCGUGGUCUUGACAUUGCAGGAGUCCAAACAGUCAUCAAUUACACUGUACCAGCAAUAUACAGCCGUUAUGUUCAUCGUGUUGGUCGCACUGCAAGAGCUGGACGGUGUGGUCGUUCUGUCAGUAUAGUUGGGGACAAAGAAUUCAAAAUGUUGAAAGAUAUUAGAAAAUUAUCCAAAACACCAUUAUAUGAAAGAGUGUUAGACAAAAAAAUUCUCUCAAAGGUACAUGCCAAGUUGAUCAAAAUGAAGCCAGUCAUCCAGAAAGUCUUGCAAGAGGAAGAGGUUGACAAGCAGUUGCGGAAAGUAGAGAACACUAUAGAUGCCAUAGAGAAAAGGCUCGAGAAUCCAGAGCGUGAGAGAGUCUGGAUGGAUAGCAAGGAUGGUAAACCUAUGAGCAAAAACAAGAAACGGAGGUUGAAACAAAAGGAAAUGUUACUGAAGAAGAGGAAAGGUGAAGAGGAUGAGCCUUCACGUCCACUGUCAAAGAAACAGAAGAAGCAGCAGAAGAAACAGGAGCUUGAGAAACUGGUUGGAGGGAAGGCAGGAAAGGGUAAAAUGAAAAUGAAGUCCCUCCGAUGCAGAGACCAGGAUGAAGAUGGGAAAUACAGAGCACCAGCAGGAAGAGACAGGGACAGAGGUACAGCACGAUUCAGGAAGGAUAACCCACAGGAUGGUGAUAAGUCAUCCUUCUCUCGGGAAUUGACGAGCGUUAGCAGAAAGUCCCUCAAGAAAUUCCGUGGAACAGGUGCCAGCAUGCAAGGCGUGUACAGGUCUCAUAAGGGCAAAAAGCAGAGGAAAUAGAUAGGGAUGUUAUUUUUUAUUUCCUUUUUUUUUCCCAUUAUUUUCUCUCCUUUCUUGUAUAUAAUGGGCAGAGGAAAUUCUUUGUUUGUAUUUAUAUGAGGGGGGGAAUAGUGAUAGAUAUAUAUCUUCAUUAUUGUUUUCCAUGUUUUCAUUGUCAGUGGUUGUUAUUGAUGCUUUUAUUGAUCUUUUCUUGAUAUUUCAUUACAUCAUUAUUUUUCUUAUUAAUAGUACGACAAUGCUGUUUCACUUCUAUCUCUAAUAUGGCCAUUUACACUUGUAUCAAGAGUAUGGAAAACAGAAUGUCCUUUCAUUAGCAAAGUUCACUUUAUGGCUCCUUUUCUGUUUAUAAACAAUAAGCAUUUAUCACACUAAAAUAUAGAUACUGAUAUGUCAUGAGCAGUUACCAGGUUUCCAUGGGAGACAUUGGUAGAAAAACCCACAAUUCAAAAACUAGAAUUAUUGAAAUUUUUAUGAACUGCUAUAAUACCAGGAAGGUAUUCCAUAAUUUCUGUUAUUAUGUUAUCCUUUUCAAAUAUAAUACCAAGAGAAACAGCCAUAUUUUAUAAAGAAAUACAGAUGAAUACAAGAAUUUUUUUUUAUCUCUGGAACUGAUAUUAUCUACACAUAAGAAUGUUAUUCAUAAAAUGAAUGUAUCCUGACCAUGAUAAUAAAUGUGUAGUAACAUG